AUGUUGAAUCAAUAUACCAAUUUUCCGAUUCCGGUGAGUUUUUCGUGGUUUUUUUCGGGAAAAAGUAAAAUUAAAAAGUUAAAUACAUUUUUUGGUAUUUCGAUUUUUGCGUGACCCCAAUAUUCCACGUCGAAUGCAUUUUCAAAUAAAAACUCUAAAAUCCUCCUAAUUUUCCCAGAUUGACGGUCAUUCCGCUCCCUCGUCGCACUCUUCUACCUUCUCUCAACCCAGCUUUCUUCCAACUGAUAUCAAGCCAAAAUAUGAAAAUAGUCCGAACAGUCACGAUGUUAUGAUUGGCGACUGUGUUGUCUGUUUCGCGCCGAACAGUUCAUUUCAUUUCGGAAAAAUUGCGUGUGCUGCGUGUUCCGCGUUUUUCCGAAGAACUAUUGCAUUGAAUAAGAAUUACAAGUGUCGCAAUUUUUCGAUCUCAAGGUGAGCAUUGGUUUUCAGAGACAAACAGACCAUUUUUUUUUGGGACCCUUAUACUUUUUGAGUGUAAUUUUCUAAAUCAUUCUCUUCUACCUAAACCCUCGAUUUCCUGAUUCAGAGCUGAAAAAUGUCCACUUGAUCGAAGACACCGAUCAAAUUGCAAAGCUUGUCGUUUCCAUCGAUGUUUGGAUAUGGGAAUGAAUCCGAGCGGUGUGCAAAAUACCAGAGAUCAUAAUAAAGUUUCACAUGAAGUUAGUGUUGACGAAAAUGAAGGAGAAAUUGAGGAAGAAAUGGAGCCAAGAGAAAAUAUGGUUGAAAUUUUGUUGAAAGUUUAUGAGAAUGCGAAAGAGCGACGGAAAAUGUUUUAUUGCGAUGGAACUUUUCAGGAUUUUAUAAAUGGUAGUGGAAUGGUAGGUUUUUAAACAGAGUUGUGAUAUGAUUACUCAUCUUGAUUUGGUCACGAAAUUUCUGAAAAAACUGAACCGGUUUUAGAAAAAUAAACCGGAUUUUUUGAUUCUGUGACUAGGGGCUGUUAGCCCCCAGGCGUAACAGUCUUCUCAUUCCUUUCAGUUUCACUUUUUUCUGUGAUUAUUUUCAAUUUUCACUCGGGCCGAUUUUUUUUUGAAAAAAUUCGGGCCGAUUUUUUUUUUUGAAAAAAUUCGGGCCGAUUUUUUUCGAAAAAACUCGGCCGAUUAAUUUUUGAAAAAACUCGGGCCGAUUUUUUUGAGACCUAAGUAAGAAGUUACAGAUUAAGUAAGAAGUUACAGAUUUUUUUCAAAAAUCUCGGGCCGAUUUUUUUCGAAAAAAACUCGGCCGAUUAAUUUUUGAAAAAUCUCGGGCCGAUUUUUUUUUAAAAUUCGGGCCGAUUAAUUUUUGAAAAAACUCGGGCCGAUUUUUUUUUUCAAAAAUCUCGGGCCGAUUUUUUUUUGAAAUUCGGGCCGAUUUUUUUUGAGACCUAAGAAGGAAAGUCUUUUGAUGUUCCCCCCUGAAAUAAAAUGAGACUAGGUGGAAUCAACUACAUAUUGAUAGGUAAGAAAAAGCCCAACGGGAUUAAGGAAAUAAAAAUCUAUUUCAGGAGUUACGGUAACUCCUCAAAUUUUGAGACACAAAAGCCUAUGAUUUCAAAAAAUCGUAGUUUGGCUCAAAGUUAACGAAAAUGAUCGGUCAAAAAUGCAUUUUGAUGCUAAAGUGCUCAAUUUUUUAGUUAAAUGGCGCUCGUAAUCUCAAAAAAUUUUUCAAAAUGAAAAUUUUUCAAAAAAUGACCCCUUUCUUAAAAUGUUGAAAUUUCACCUCUAAAACGCUACGAGGGAAGAACGACGUCCGACGCACCGUGUUCUACGUCAAAAAUUACGUAUAUUGACAUAUUUAAAUAUAAUACCUACCGACCUUUUAACCUGGGAAAAAAAUAAUUUCAAAAAUUUUCACACAAAAAAUCAUGUUUUCUCAGAAUAAAAUCAUAUUUUUGAAACAGUAAUCAUUAUUUCUUUGUUAUUUUUUUCUCAAAACAUAUUUUCUGAUUGUUUUUCACCUUUUUGUAUGAUUUCUGAAAAAUUAAAAAUUUCAGAUUUUAUAUCAUCGAUUUUGGAAUCACUUCGAAAAUUAAAAAUCAAUUAUAGCUCGAUGAUAGAAAUUAAGGACUUUUUUGGAAGUUCUAACGCAUCACAUCUUUUUUUGCAACUGGGAAAAAACACUUCCAAUUAUACAUCUGAACUUCCAAUUCCCAGAUGAAAAUAAUCAUCUUGAGAAAAAAUGGCAAGAAUUAUUUAAUGAAACUUUUAUCGAUAAUUUUUUCGAAGGUCUCUAAAAUUGUCCGUUGACAGAUAUAGUAUUAAAAGUGUUUUUUCCCAGUUGCAAAAAAAGAUGUGAUGCGUUAGAACUUCCAAAAAAGUCCUUAACUUCUAUCAUCGAGCUAUAAUUGAUUUUUAAUUUUCGAAGUGAUUCCAAAAUCGAUGAUAUAAAAUCUGAAAUUUUUUAAUUUUUCAGAAAUCAUACAAAAAGGUGAAAAACAAUCAGAAAAUAUGUUUUGAGAAAAAAAUAACAAAGAAAUAAUGAUUACUGUUUCAAAAAUAUGAUUUUAUUCUGAGAAAACAUGAUUUUUUGUGUGAAAAUUUUUGAAAUUAUUUUUUUCCCAGGUUAAAAGGUCGGUAGGUAUUAUAUUUAAAUAUGUCAAUAUACGUAAUUUUUGACGUAGAACACGGUGCGUCGGACGUCGUUCUUCCCUCGUAGCGUUUUAGAGGUGAAAUUUCAAAAUUUUAAGAAAGGGGUCAUUUUUUGAAAAAUUUUCAUUUUGAAAAAUUUUUUGAGAUUACGAGCGCCAUUUAACUAAAAAAUUGAGCACUUUAGCAUCAAAAUGCAUUUUUGACCGAUCAUUUUCGUUAACUUUGAGCCAAACUACGAUUUUUUGAAAUCAUAGGCUUUUGUGUCUCAAAAUUUGAGGAGUUACCGUAACUCCUGAAAUAGAUUUUUAUUUCCUUAAUCCCGUUGGGCUUUUUCUUACCUAUCAAUAUGUAGUUGAUUCCACCUAGUCUCAUUUUAUUUCAGGGGGGAACAUCAAAAGACUUUCCUUCUAAGUAAGAAGUUACAGAUUUUGAUUAAUCCAAAAAUGUAAAAAUAAAGUCGAUGAGUUUUUUUUUCAAAAUUCUCGGGCCGAUUUCAUUUUGAAAAAACUCGGGCCGAUUUUUUUUUCAAAAAUCUCGGGCCGAUUUUUUUUUUUGAAAAAAUUCGGGCCGAUUUUUUUUGAGACCUAAGUAACAAGUUACAGAUUUGGAUUAAUCCAAAAAUGUAAAAAUAAAGUCGAUGAGUUUUUUUUCAAAAAUCUCGGGCCGAUUUUUUUUUCAAAAAUCUCGGGCCGAUUUUUUUCGAAAAAACUCGGCCGAUUAAUUGGCCGAUUAAUUAAUUUUUGAAAAAUCUCGGGCCGAUUUUUUUUUCAAAAAUCUCGGGCCGAUUUUUUUUUUGAAAAAAUUCGGGCCGAUUUUUUUUGAGACCUAAGUAACAAGUUACAGAUUUGGAUUAAUCCAAAAAUGUAAAAAUAAAGUCGAUGAGUUUUUUUUCAAAAAUCUCGGGCCGAUUUUUUUUUCAAAAAUCUCGGGCCGAUUUUUUUCGAAAAAACUCGGCCGAUUAAUUGGCCGAUUAAUUAAUUUUUGAAAAAUCUCGGGCCGAUUUUUUUUUCAAAAAUCUCGGGCCGAUUUUUUUUGAGACCUAAGUAACAAGUUACAGAUUUGGAUUAAUCCAAAAAUGUAAAAAUAAAGUCGAUGAGUUUUUUUUCAAAAAUCUCGGGCCGAUUUUUUUUUCAAAAAAUCUCGGGCCGAUUUUUUCGAAAAACUCGGCCGAUUAAUUGGCCGAUUAAUUAAUUUUUGAAAAAUCUCGGGCCGAUUUUUUUUUCAAAAAUCUCGGGCCGAUUUUUUUUUUUGAAAAAAUUCGGGCCGAUUUUUUGAGACCUAAGUAACAAGUUACAGAUUUGGAUUAAUCCAAAAAUGUAAAAAUAAAGUCGAUGAGUUUUUUUUCAAAAAUCUCGGGCCGAUUUUUUUUUCAAAAAUCUCGGGCCGAUUUUUUUCGAAAAACUCGGCCGAUUAAUUGGUCGAUUAAUUAAUUUUUGAAAAAUCUCGGGCCGAUUUUUUUCGAAAAAAUUCGGGCCGAUUUUUUUUUGAGACCUAAGUAACAAGUUACAGAUUUGGAUUAAUCCAAAAAUGUAAAAAUAAAGUCGAUGAGUUUUUUUUCAAAAAUCUCGGGCCGAUUUUUUUUUCAAAAAUCUCGGGCCGAUUUUUUCGAAAAACUCGGCCGAUUAAUUGGCCGAUUAAUUAAUUUUUGAAAAAAUCUCGGGCCGAUUUUUUUUUCAAAAAUCUCGGGCCGAUUUUUUUUUUGAAAAAAUUCGGGCCGAUUUUUUUUGAGACCUAAGUAACAAGUUACAGAUUUGGAUUAAUCCAAAAAUGUAAAAAUAAAGUCGAUGAGUUUUUUUUCAAAAAUCUCGGGCCGAUUUUUUUUUCAAAAAUCUCGGGCCGAUUUUUUUCGAAAAAACUCGGCCGAUUAAUUGGUCGAUUAAUUAAUUUUUGAAAAAUCUCGGGCCGAUUUUUUUCGAAAAAACUCGGGCCGAUUUUUUUUGAGACCUAAGUAAGAAGUUACAGAUUUGGAUUAAUCCAAAAAAUGUAAAAAUAAAGUCGAUGAGUUUUUUUCAAAAAUCUCGGGCCGAUUUUUUUUUGAGACCUAAGUAAGAAGUUACAGAUUUGGAUUAAUCCAAAAAUGUAAAAAUAAAGUCGAUGAGUUUUUUUUCAAAAAAUCUCGGGCCGAUUUUUUUUUGAGACCUAAGUAAGAAGUUACAGAUUUGGAUUAAUCCAAAAAUGUAAAAAUAAAGUCGAUGAGUUUUUUUCAAAAAUCUCGGGCCGAUUUUUUUUUCAAAAAUCUCGGGCCGAUUUUUUUUUUGAAAAAACUCGGGCCGAUUUUUUUUUCAAAAGUCUCGGGCCGAUUUUUUUUCAAAAGUCUCGGGCCGAUUUUUUUUUCAAAAGUCUCGGGCCGAUUUUUUUUUUGAAAUUCGGGCCGAUUUUUUUUGAGACCUAAGUAAGAAGUUACAGAUUUGGAUUAAUCCAAAAAUGUAAAAAUAAAGUCGAUGAGUUUUUUUUUCAAAAAAUCUCGGGCCGAUUUCAUUUUGAAAAAACUCGGGCCGAUUUUUUUUUUUUGAAAAAUCUCGGGCCGAUUUUUUUCGAAAAAACUCGGCCGAUUAAUUUUUGAAAAAACUCGGGCCGAUUUUUUUUCGAAAAAACUCGGGCCGAUUUUUUUGUGAAAAAAAAUUUAGGAAGGCUUCCUAAUUUUGCCAAGGAUGAAGUCAUCGAUAAAUUUUUUGUAUUAAAUGUACUCGAUAAGGGCUGUUAGCUACCAGGCGGGACAAUAGUUGAUAAAAAAAAAUCAACAUUUAGUAUUUAAUACAUGCUCAAAAAAAUGAAUUCCAAUCAUUUUAAGCCUAAAAUCUUGAAAUUUGUCUCGAUAAUGAUGGAUUUGUAAAGCUUCCAGAAAAAAAUUUGUUUUUUUCUGAAAAAAAAGGUAGAUUAUUUUUCUCACGUCAAAAUUUUUUUCAUCGAGCAUUUCUAAGCAAAUUGAUGGUCAUUUCUUAUGUCAGAAAUGGUCAAGUGGUUAGAUCACGUGUUUUUUGUUCAGAAGGUCCAGGAUCGGAUCCUUUUGGACGUUCGCGAAGGUAUGAUUUCGGAAAAAAAUCGGCAAAAAUGGGAAAAUGUCGCAAUUGCGACAUUUCAAAAAUGAGAACAGGGGGGACCCCAUUGAAAAAUCCUGCUUCUAUCGAGACACCACCCAAUCGGGAUUUUAUUAAAAAGGUAGAAAUGUUUCAUAAAAAUUGAGAUUUUUCAGAAACCCCGGCCAAUUCGAUUCGACGAGCGAUAUUACAAAGAUAAAAUGCGAUUUGAAUUGAUUAUUUAUAUUGAAAUGAUGAGAUCAAUGGAACCAUUCAGAAAUUUUCAUUCGAGAUUACAGGUAAAAUCGGAAAAAAAUCAAUACAAAAUCCAAUCAUUGAAAUAAGCGAUUUGUAAAAACAUCAAAACCGAGCACAAAACGAUGACAGCAAUUCCAGUUUUAAGUGUGCUUGUCAUCAAUGAUAUUUUUUCUUUCACAUUUUCUCGUUUUUCGGUCUGCAAAUAUAAUUGGAAUUUUAGCAGGGAAAAUCUGAUUUAUGGUGAAUUUUCAGAAACUGAUUUAUUCCAAAGAAAUUUUUCCCCACAAACUCACAAUUUUUACAAGCGCCGCUCUCAAUUCCUCAUUUUUCCCAUAAAAUGCAGUCCACGCAAUACUUUUGAAGAUAUCAUUCAAAUCAUCCGAAACAACAAUUUUUGAGCGAUCAUGAAUUUUUUUAUCAUAACAACCUGAAUUCAAUCUAGCAGAACUGAUUGAAUUAUCGGUCAAAGUGACAUUCACAAAACACUCGGCGCAUGAAAUAUAUUCGAUAAUUUUAUUUUCAUCAAGCUUUCCAUAUUCAAUUUUUGGACAAUCAAGUUUUGAUUCUGAAGAUUCUCCGAUUAGAAUUAGAACUAAAAAUAAAAUAGCAAAUAGCGAGUGAUUUGUGAUUUUGAUAAUAUUUUGCAUUUUGGAAAUUUGGAAAAAUAAGAACUGGCUAACAAUUUUUUUAUUGGGACUGAACAUUCUGUUCACGUGGGAAAAAUGGGUCACGCUAGAAAAAUUAAUAAUAAAAAAUUCUGUUUUACAGAAAAAAAGCACAUUUUUAACAGUGUUAAAAAAUUAACAAGGACUCCUUUUACACCAAAAAUUCCCAAUAAAAGUUAAAAUUUCUUGCAGGAAAUUCUAGUGAGUUCGUGCGCCUUGAACCUUGCAAUCGUCGAAAAAUACUACCGCUCAAUUCAGAGAAAUGGUCUCGAAACUCAAAGAUUAUAUCAACCAGAUGGAACUUAUACAGAUUUGAGUGAUAACGGAGCACAAUUCGAUGAUGGAAUGUUCAAUAUUCAAACGGGUUGGGAUAAACAAACAUGUAUGAAAUUACUGUAUGAUCCUUUAAAAGAAGUGUUGGCCGAUUUAGGCGGCUCAAUGAUUCAGGCAAAAACCCAGGACGUCGAAUUUCUUGGACUUUUUGCGAUUCUCGUAUUUGACAUCGCAGCUGGUAAAAUAUCGGAAGAAGAUCGGAUGGAGGUUUUCAAUGCAAGAAAUACUUAUAUAAAAAACUGGUUUGAGUAUUAUGAAAAGAUUGGAUUUUGUUCAAAAGAAGAAGCAGCGCAGAAAAUUGCGGACACUAUUCUGUUGUUGGCACAAUUGCGGCAUGCUUUUGAUGUACAUAGAUCGCAAUUUCAUAUGACACGUGUUUUUGGAAUCAUGGAAUAUGAUAAGUUAUUGGAUGAUCUCGUCGUUAGCAAGUGA